GCACUCUGUCAGCUCGCCGAAGCUCUUGCGACCGAACAGAGAUCAACUUCGUCGAAGCAACACCGGUCCCCCACACAAGAAAAUGAAUUCGUCAAGCGCAUUGCUACUGGGUCUUGUUGCUUUGGCGGCUUUGAUGGUUCUCUCCGAAGGGGCGUCGGUACCCAAUUACGCCCCACCAAAUGCCUUCAAAUACCACCGGCGAGCGAGCAUGCCUUCCCUGUCGGUAGUAUCGCCGCUCGAUGUCUUGCGUGAGAGCCAGAUGAGCCGAAUCCUGGCAGAUAAAAUAAACGCAAAUAACGCCCUCCUGUCGAGAUAUGGAAAGCGAGGCGAGCCAGUAAACCUACUUCAAGUGCUCGAGGAACUAUCUCAAGCAGAGGAAGCAUGAGGUCACACCAAGCGAUGGCGGAAAGUGAUCGGCGAGUGCGGGAGUCGUCGAAAAAACAAGAACGAGGUGGAAUUGGAGUCGAAAGGAGGCGUCGAAGGAUCUCUUCAAGGCAGGGCACACACGGUGGCAGGCCUUGGCCUGGGAUUGGGAUCCCUCCCACAAUUCGUAGCUUAGACUGUUAGAUCGUGCGACGGGACAUGCAGACAUUCUAUCCUAGCCUCUAUUCGAGUAGAUCGUCUCAACAAUUCUCUCUCUCAUGUUGCUUGAGUCCAGCGGAGAGCCAGCUGUCAUCGAAGAUUCGAGAUCUCCGGGACGCUGGGUAGGGCCGAAAACCCGACUCGUGUCUCAGCGUUGAAAGGGCCGACGUUAAAUAAACGCAGCAGAG